AUGUAUUCGCUUCUUUUAUUACCUUUUCUAUUCUGGAUAACAUCCGCAUUUAAUAACAUCCCAAUUGAAAUUGACAAAUGUAAAAAAAGCCAAUGGUUUGUGAGGAAUUUUAUCGUUUUUGUUUGUCUUAACGCUAAUGCAAGAAAGGAACUAAAACCAUUUGCUUGCGAUCCGAACAAUGGAAUGGUUGAGAGGACACGAAAACGACCGGUGUUUCUUCAGGAAACUCACAAAUUGAAUGGAUUCGUUUACGAAUGUACAGUUGAUAAAAAUACAAAAGCAGUUGUAUGGAGAGCAAUAGCCUGCUACAUAAAUGAAGAGAAAUUUGGUCCAGGUACAUUUGUCAAGGGAAGAUAUGAUUCUGUCUAUCUUUGUUACAAGGACAUCGAUGGCAUCCUACGAAUUCGAAUGAGAAAACCUGUCCAUGAUCAUUGCAUUGCUGGGACUGGGGAUCCGAACUGCCAACAAGGAAUUCUUCAGGGAAUAUGGAACUCAAAUUUCGGAAUGGGCCAAGGAAUCGCCUACAACAGUGUAUCAAAUACACCUCUCAACAUAUCCAAUCAUAAUUUACGACUGGAUACUACCAAUGCUCCAAUCUAUGAAUAUCCGAAAAUUGGACAAUAUGAUCUAUUCAACUCUAUUAAAGGAUUUGUGAACCCUGAAGACGUCACAUUAACUCCGGAAUAUAUAAUUCAACCUGGCGACAUAAUUCCUUAG